UGGUCGGGCGGAGUGUUCGAGCUCUGAGCUCAACAUCACCGGAGCUCACUCACUCUCCCUCUCUCUGAGUGUGAGGCGGUCUCUCUUUCUCUCUCCUUUUCUAUGUCUCUUUCUCCAUCUCUCUCCCUCUCAGUCUAGACUCUGAGGGGUAGAGAUUUUCUCACCAAAAGUACACAGACCUCAAAGCCACCGGCAUUCACUCCAAAAAAGGAUUGGAUUAUCGCUGAAGUUUCAUUUCUAAUGAAUCUCACACUGGGACAUGGAGUACACAGUUUGUAGUUUGUUUUAAAAAGGACUCAUCCUAAAGCAGUCGGGGUUUCGUGUUUGCUUUGAUGGUGAAUCGGUCUAUCAGGAUGAACUUGCAGUGGAGCAGCCCGGCACCCUGCAUCCGCGCCGGGAGAGUCGCGCACAAGCGGCUGGACUCUGACGACCAGCCGCCGGCCAAAUGCGCCAGGCUGAGCACCGAGGUGGGGGACACGCAGGGUCUCCUCGGCACCUCUCCCGGGUCCCCGGUCAGCCCCGUCUCCAGCCCUGUCCCGACGACCCACCAGGGGCCGUCCAGGAUAGGACCGUUUCUGCUUUUACCUCUGACAGACCGGGAGAGUGUGCACAGCGCGAUGAACACCGACACAGGCGACGAGCUGCUGUGCAAGGUCUUUGAUAUGGGGGUGUACCAGGAAAAGAUCAGAGCCUAUGGGAUCCUACCAACUCACAAGAAUGUGGCCGGCUUCAGGGACAUCAUCCUUGGCGAACGCAAAGCUUACGUGUUCUUGGACAAGGACUUUGGGGACAUGCACACCCUGGUGAAGAGCUGGCGCAGGCUGGACGAGGAUCACGGCUGCAGGCUCUUUCGUCAGGUGGCUCUGGCUGUGGCACACUGCCACCAGGCAGGCAUUGUGCUGGGUGACCUCAAACUGCGAAAGUUUGUCUUUGCUGAUGAAAAAAGGACACAAGUGAGACUAGAAAGCCUUGAGGACUGCCGCGUCCUAGAAGACCCAAACAACGACUCCAUGUCCGACACCCACGGCUGCCCUGCCUAUGUCAGCCCAGAGAUCCUCAGCGGCUCUGCACCUUACUCUGGCAAGAUGGCCGACAUGUGGAGCCUUGGGGUCAUGCUGUACACCAUGCUGGUUGGCCGCUACCCCUUCCACGACCCCGACCCCGCCACGCUGUUUUCCAAAAUCCGCAGAGGCCAGUGCUGUUUGCCAGAGGGCUUGUCGCCCAGGGCCAAGUGUCUGCUCCAGAGCCUGCUGAGGAAAGAACCCUCGGAGAGACUCACGGCCAAUGAGCUGCUCGCUCACCCGUGGUUCCACCAGCCGCCAUCGUCGCAGGAAGUGGCGCUGGGUGAACAGGAAGUGAGUUCGGCAGAACAGAUGGUGCCAUCCUUUGACGUGGAAGAGCAGGAUGAUCUGUUCUGCUGACGGACUCGAUUAAGCUGAGUCUGGCUAAAGGACCAAAUCAAAGAUUGCUAUAAGGGAUCCAUCGUUGUCUUUUUACAUUGGCACUUUUUAGAAAACCCAUUUGUGUACUGUUGAGUGUACAUACACCCUCGAGCUUUCUACAAGAACUUACUGUACUGUAUUUGGUUGUCGUAUGUGUGUUACUUGUGUAAGGGCAUUGUUCACAAUGAUAAUACAUUGUGUUACUAGGUGUACGAUUUUUUUUAAUAUUUGGUGCUAAAAGAAACGACGAGGACUUUUCCAGAUUAUGUUCACAAAAUAAUCCCUUCAGGCUACUAUGAGUGUAUCAUAGAAAAUGAACCCACGGCUAACAGUAGUCACCAAUGCUUGCUCUCAGCCUGGACUGACAACGCUUCAGAAAGCAUUACAAGAAUCCUGCUCAACGGGAGGAGACGUGAUGUUGUUCCUCUCACUCCCUGGCCGGGCUGGAGGCUCCGCCAGCUGACUCACCAACCGGCUCGAGGAAGGCCUCGCACAAACUUGACAUCUCGCAGCAGGCGGUGUCAUAGAGUGAGAAAGAUGCUUAGCGGAGGACUGAUGUGUCACACUCAGCGGGGAUGCUAGGAAGAUCCCUCACUGCCAAGCUGGCAACGUAUCAGCAAAUGGAGAGAAUUUACAAAUCUCACACCAAGCGCAGAAGGUUGAGAAAGGCAGGGUGUCACUGGAGUAAAAUUCACAGAAAAGUGUGGAAAGUUUGUCACACACACACACUUCACAAUAAUCAGUGUCACUGGGCCGACACAGAAAACGGUACAAAACUCAGUAAUUUAUUUAUUUUUAACAGUUAAAACUAAAGCAAUUAAAUUGUUGAAUCAAGAAUUCAUUAUAAUAAAGUUGCAUCAGCUAAUAACAGUGCAAUUUUAACUGGGAUCAAUCUGUUUGGCUCUUCUGUAAUGCUGUAACACUAAUGCCAGUUUAAAAGUUAAUGCGGUAAGUAGGCCUGGUGACAUGCCCUUGCAGCAACAGAGAUGAUUGGAUAAAUCUUACGCCUCAAGGCAUGCCACAGUAGGAAUUAAGUGGGGAAAGUAAAAACACGGAGAAUGUAUAAUAUGGUACUUCCUACUGACGCAAUACGAGUUAACUCUCAAUCCAACAAUGUUUGUAUUUUUUAAGAAAUGUGUCAAAUAUCCAGUUAAGCCAUCAAGUAAAAAA